AUGUUGCUGCCGGAGGAGCUGCCGCCCAGGCCCGCGCUCCCGCCAAGCCCAGCCGCCGUCCUGGCUUGCCGACUGCCCGCGCGUGGCCGCGCCGACGCGCCACGGCGAGCCCAGGACCAGCAGGAGCAGGCGCCGCACGUGCUCGCCGCCUCCGCGGCGCUGGCGCUGGUCGCCGCCUGGGGCCCCGUCGAGCCGCCGCGCGGCGCCGGCCAGGCGCCUGGAGCACUGCGCGGCCGCCCGGGGCUCGCGGCUUGCGGGCGGCCAGCGGGGUUCGCCGGCACCGGCCCUCCGCCGGGCCUCGCGGCGUGGCAUGCGGGCGGGCCGACGCGGCCCCGCCGCUCCAGCUGGAUCGGGCGGGAGGCCCAGCAGGCCGCGUCGGGGGGCGAUCCCGCCGGCGGCGCCCGGCGGUCGGGCCCGCCGCUGCAGCUGGGCCAGCCGGUCCUGCACCGCCAGGCCAUCUUCCUCAUGACCUUCCUGCACCUGCUCGGCUUCACGCUGGGCGGCCCCGUGCUGCCGGCGCUGAAGGCGCACUUCGGCGUGGCCACGGCCGAGACGGGGCUCAUCACGUCGGCCUUCCCGACGGGCCUGUUCCUGGCGUCCUUCGUCUUUCCAGCGCUGAGCGACCGGAUGGGCCGGAAGCCGGUCCUGGUCAUGUCCUACUUGGGUGUCGGCACCGGGUUUGUGCUGCAGGCCAUUGCCAUCUCCAGCGGGGCCCCUUUCGGAGCUUUCCUGGCGCUGCGAGCAGGCAGCGGCGCCUUCGCAGGGGCCAGCACCGUGGUGAAGGCGUAUAUCGCGGACGUCACCAAAAAAGAGGACCUGCCCAGUGCAAUGGCGGCGCGCGAGGCCGCUGCCACGCUGGCGUACCUACUCGGGCCGCUGUUGGGCGGCCUGAUAUCCACCUGCUGGCUCGGGGGCUGGUCGGUCCCCGAUGCCAUCGUGGAGUUCGCUUGA